AUGCUUUUCCGCUCUAUUGUUGAUCGAGAAAUCACUAAGAGAAGGCGGAAUGACCGCUGGCCGAAGCACCCACUGGCGUCCUUGUUGGACGGAUACCAGUGUGCUCGACACGACGAACAUAUCUCCUAUGGAAACUUGGGGAUCGCAGUACCACCUUUUGGAUGUUCUUUCUCCACAGCCCCAGAUCUGCAGGAUAUUUUGUCUGUAGCCAAUGAGGAGGGGAUUGUGAGGCUGUACAACACGGAGUCGAAGAGGAACCCCGUGCUUAAAGAAUGGAUGGCCCAUGAGAACGCUGUCUUUGAUGUGGCCUGGGUGCCAGGGGAGGCCAGCAUGGUGACCGCCUCGGGGGACCAGAUGGCCAAGCUGUGGGACGUGAAGGCAGGGGAGCUCUUGGGCACUUUUAAGGGACACCAGUGCAGCCUCAAGUCUGUCGCUUUCACCAAACGGGAGAAAGCUGUCUUCUGCACUGGGGGUCGUGAUGGGAACAUCAUGGUUUGGGAUACGAGAUGCGCCAAGAAAGAUGGGUUUUACAGGCAAGUGAAACAGAUCAGUGGUGCCCACAACAAGGCGGACAGACAGACGCCCUCCAAAGUGAAGAGGAAGCGUCCGCAGCCCAAAGGAAUGGCCCCUUCAGUGGACUCUCAGCAGAGCGUCACUGUGGUUCUGUUCCGUGACGAGCACACCCUCAUCUCCUCAGGAGCCGUUGAUGGGACCAUCAAGAUGUGGGACCUUCGGAAAAACUACACUGCCUACCACCGCGACCCUGUGGCCCUGCAGGUGUUCCCCUACCCAGGGUCCAGCACACGCAGACUGGGUUACUCUGGACUUGUGUUAGAUUCUACUGGCUCCAAUCUUUUUUCCAACUGCACUGAUGACAACAUCUACAUGUUCAAUGUUACGGGGCUGAAGACAACUCCAGUGGCAGUCUUCAACGGUCACCAGAACUCUUCGUUUUAUGUAAAGUCCAGUGUGAGCCCGGAUGAUCAGUUCCUGGCCAGCGGCUCAAGUGACCAUCAAGCGUAUAUCUGGAAGAUUUCCGACCCAAAAUGUGCUCCCAUGAUGCUACAGGGCCACAGCCAGGAAGUGACCUCAUUGGCAUGGUGCCCCACAGAUUUCACCAAGAUCGCUUCAUGCUCGGACGACAACACCGUCCGGAUCUGGCGUCUGCACCGGGGGGGCGAUGGAAUGAAGUCCUUGAUAGGAGAGGCCAAUCUGGUGGGCUGGGCAUGUCCGAAGCCUCCCUUGGAAGGGAGGAGCUCUGGGCCUACAGGUGCCUCUGAGCGCACCCCAGCCAAGAGUCCCAGGACAGAGAGUCUGGGGCCUCUGGCCUCCCCCCAGGCUGCUACUUGUGCCCCCAGUGGUGCUGACCUCCCCUUAGCUUCCAGCACCUUAUCCACCCCCCCUCCUCAGGGGAGCAAGUCUCAUUUGACAGCCAGCCCUCUGCAAACGCCCCCCUCCUCAAUCAGGCGCUGGCUUGCACGCACACCUGGUUCUCCCGGCCUGUCGACCUCUAGCGCACAGGCCACGCCCCCUGCCAGGAAGGCCCUCAGCCCCUGCCCACAGAGCCCUGCGCUGUCCCAGCCCACUCCCUCAGAGAGGCGUGUCAAGCGGCGGCUGGAACCCGGUGAGGGCGGCGCUCAGGGAUGCGCGGAGAAAUGUGACUGCGUUACCGAGCUGUAUCCCACGGCCAAAAGGAGGCGGGGCCUGGGGGGUGUGUGCUGUCCCACCACGGAUGAUGACAGGAAGGACACGGAGCCCGGUGGGGCGCAGGGAGUUCAGACGGAGCAGAGGACCUCUUCCAAACGGGCAGACAAGGAGAACAGCUCCCCUGGGCAUGCCGACUGGCUGUCGGCCUUGGGCCAGAGACUGAAGCAGGGGCGGGGAAGUCCCUCUAGGAGCCCCAGCGCCACCAAGAGACCAGACAGCAGAACAACAUCUUCACCGGCAAUGCGCUCCCCACAAUCCAUGAAGAAGAUCUCCUCCUACUUCCAGAGAAUGGCACCGUAG